GAUGGGAAUAUAAUAUCUUUUCUGCUAUAUGCAUAUCUGAAUGCGCCCUCUCUGUUUCUCUCUGUGCUUUUAAUCCUCCUCUCAACCCUAGAAAAUUAUGCUUUUGAAUAUUCAGUAAUUUUAUUGGUUAAUUACUCGAAAUUUCUGGUGAGCGUGUAUAGUUUCGGAUCGAGAUGGUCUGAAGUCAUAACAGUGAUUGUUCUUUCUCCGAUGUUUCAAAGAAUUCAUCGAAGAAUCGCUGUUUGAAAAGGUUCGUCACUUGAAGACAACGGCACGUGCUACUUAUCUAAAUUACAUUUUCCUGUCGACUCAUUCUGAUACCUUAUUUGUGAACUGUUAUCGAUCUGGUUGAUGAGGGGUUUUCGAGUGGACACUGAUGCUUCCCCAGCCAACGGGUUGGAGGAACUCAAUUACCACCUCACGCGGGAUAACCAGAAUGAAGUAAGAAAUAAAGCUACAAGUGACACACUUGGGACCUUGGAGGAAGAAGAAUCGAGGAUUAAUGGAGAUUCUGACUAUUUGAGUGUCCGGGACACAGAUUUGGUACAAACCCAGGUUGUUUCACAAACACAACAGCUAAAGCCCCAGGGACCUCAAGGUUCAGUGGUUCAUUGGGAAAGGUUACUUCCUCUGAGGUCCGUUAAGGUUCUACUGGUGGAAAAUGAUGAGUCAACUCGGCAUGUUGUUAGUGCUUUGCUUCGGAACUGCAGCUAUGAAGUUACAGCUGUAGCUCAUGGCCUAGAAGCAUGGAAAAUUUUAGAAGAUCCAACCAAUCACAUUGAUCUUGUUUUAACAGAGGUAGCUAUGCCAUAUUUGUCUGGCAUUGGACUCUUAUCCAUGAUUAUGAACCACAAGACGAGCAAGAAUAUUCCAGUAAUUAUGAUGUCAUCUAAUGAUUCUAUGGGUAUAGUCUUUAAAUGUUUGUCGAAGGGUGCAGCUGACUUUUUAGUGAAGCCUAUUAGAAAGAAUGAGCUUAAAACUCUCUGGCAGCAUGUUUGGAGAAAAUGCCACAGUCAGUCAAGUGGUAGUGGAAGUGGAAGUGAAAGUGGAAUACGAACUCAAAAAUCUCCAAAAUCAAAAAGCGAAGAGUUAGAUAAUUAUGCUGCCAGCAAUGAUGACGACGACGACAGUGCAAGCAUUGGCUUGAAUGUUCAGGAUGGAAGUGAAAAUGGAAGUGGAAGUGAAACUCAGAGUUCUUGGUCAAGAAGGGCAGUAGAAAUUGAUGGCCCCCAACCCUCGACUCCUUGCAAUGAAUUAGCAGGUCCUCCUAAUACAACUCUUGCCCAGGCUAGCCAUUCACGGCCUGAGGCGAAAUGCAAUAACCGGGUGUCAACAUCCACUAGAGAAUAUCGAAAUCAGGAUGCUGCACUUGAUUUGAAGAUUGGAGUACCAAAUGCUCAAGAACUACGCAGCCAAAGAUGUGGAGUAUUAAGUGAUACACCAGACACUGAAAAGUCUAAAAAUUUGAAUCCAUACUCUAGCAAAGAUUGCAACAGACCUGAAAAUGGAAAAAUGGAUCCUAAGAAUGAGAUACCAUAUGGAGCGUUGACGAACAAAGAUUGUGGUCUGAUGAGUGCAAUUACCAAUGUGCCUAAACAUCGGAUGAGAAAUGUAUCUAACGAAGUUCCAAAACAUCCAUCUGAAGUUGCGAAAAUCAAAGAAACGGCGACCUAUGAUCCAAAGGAAAAACCUACCCUUGAGUUUAGUUUGAAACAACUCAGAGACACAGAUGAUACGGGAACUAGUGCCUAUCAGCAUAAUGUAUUGAAACAUUCAAACCUUUCAGCCUUCUCAAGGUAUAACUCCACGACCAAUGCGAUGCCAACUGGAAAUGUGGGCAGCUGCUCUCCAAUUAAUAAUAGUUCUGAAGCAGCAAAGACAGAAUUAGCCACUCCCAAUCAGGGAUCUAAUGGAAGUAGCAACAACAAUGACAUGGGUUCCACCACGGAUAAUGUUUUUGCCAAGGUGGAAGCAGGUAACGAGAAAACAGUGCCCAAAUCUUCAGUCGGUAUCCAUCCAUGUUCUGCUUUGCAGUCAGUGCAGCAGGUCCGCAUGCCCAUUCAGCCUGUGAACCCGGGCAAAUCCAAUUUGACAAAGUCAGCCUUGGCACCAAUGAAGGCCUCAGACCAGCAGGCCCAAGUUCAGAACCACCACCAUCACCAUCACCACCAUCACCAUUACCACCACCAUCAUCAUGCUUAUGAUGCUCAGCAGCGGCAGCAGCAGCAACUGCUCAACCAUGAUUAUUUGUCCUUGAAACUUUUAACUGCUGAAGCUCCACAACACGGACCAAGUGAUGAGUUAGUCACAGAAUUGGAAGGAAAUGCUGCUAAUUAUGGGAGUGCAUCAGGGAGUAACAAUGGAAGCAACGGGCAAAAUGGAGUAAGCACUGUUGCAAUCACUGAAGGAACAAACAUGGCAAGUGAUAAUGGAACAAUUGAGCAAUAUGAAGUUGGUGAUGGUAGUGGCAGUGGAAGCAGGAGCAGGGUAGACCAAAACCGGUCAGCACAGAGGGAGGCCGCUUUGAGCAAAUUUUAUCAGAAAAGAAAAGAAAGAUGCUUCGAGAAAAAGGUCCGGUACCAGAGCAGGAAGAAAUUGGCAGAACAAAGGCCACGUGUUCGAGGACAAUUUGUGCGACGAGUAACAGACGAUAACCAAAGCAAAAGUGAAACCAGGGACACGGAUUCUUGACCACUGCCUUUCUAUGCUAAAUAUGUAUAGGAAGUAGCGUUUAUUCUUAGAAUUCAGGGAGGCCUUUUGAUUCCACGGUUGGAGAUUCGUGGAAGGUGGAGAAUAGUUGUGUUGUAUAACUAUGAAAAUUGCAGACUUCGUCUUGUGAAUGUUGAUGAUCAGUAUUUUGUGGGAACUUGUUUAUGUUUUGAGGAUUCUGGUUUACAAGACUUUAAGUCUCUAGCAAAUGAACCUCUUCAAGACAAUUGAUAUAUCCCGAAUAAAUAAAAAUUUCAAUUUUGUCUA